AUAAAAGAAAGUCAAGCCCGAGAGUCUUUAGGUUUCAUGGCUGAUUCAGACAAUGAGUCUGGAGGGCAAAACAACAGCAAUACAAACUACAGUGAGACAUCAUCAAGGGAGCAGGACAAGCUCUUGCCUAUAGCCAAUGUUAGCAGGAUCAUGAAGAAAGCCUUACCAGCUAAUGCAAAGAUCUCGAAGGAUGGGAAGGAGACCGUGCAAGAGUGUGUGUCUGAGUUCAUUAGCUUCAUCACCGGAGAGGCAUCAGACAAGUGUCAAAGAGAGAAGAGGAAGACAGUCAAUGGUGAUGAUCUUUUGUGGGCCAUGACAACUUUGGGUUUUGAAGAUUAUGCUGAACCCUUGAAGAUUUAUCUGCAAAAGUUUAGGGAGACGGAAGGAGAGAGGACUGCUGCCAUGGGAACAGUUAGGCAAGGUGAUCAAAGAGAUGGUGCUGUCGUAAAUAGUGGAGAUUCUGGGGGUGGGUUCGGUGGAAGUGGGGGCAAUGUGUAUGGUGGGAUGCAGCCAAGUAUGAUGAUGAUGGGACACCAUCCCCUUCAUCAAGGCAACAUGUAUGGUUCUGCUUCUGGUAGGCCAAAGUAAUGGUAACUCAUAUUUUGCUAGGGUUACGUCCUGUUGUUUUUAAGUACCUUUUUCUUUUUAUUUCUUUCUUAAUUUCUUCUUGCUUUCUAAUUAUAUCUGUAGUACUGGUAAUUACAAUGGUUGAUGAUGCAUGCCAUGCCAUGGUGUUUGUAAUUCUCUUUCUUUUUCUUUAAUAAUUAGAUAUUAAUUAGGUAA